AUGGCUGGAAUGAUGGAGAGCAAAGCUUACGAGGAGAAGGAGAUAUUCUUCUCCAAUAACUUGGAUAAGAUCGACGUGUCGGAUUUCCAAGUCCCCUGGCUGUACCGUGAAGAGAUCACGCUCGAGAAACCCGCCAAAGGGCAGCAUAUCUUCCUCGUCACCCAUGGCAUCACUUCGAAGGCCGAUAUAUACCUCAAUGGAGAGCAAGUAGUUGCUAGUAAGUCGCAUCAAGGCUCAUACGGUGGUCAUCGCUACGACAUCACGGCUCUCAUCAAGCCUGGACCAAACGCAUUCUUGGUGCAAGCCUAUCCCACCAGCUAUGUUCGCGACUUUGCACAGAGCUUCGAGGACUGGAAUCCGUAUCCCCCUGACAAUGGUACGGGAGUUUGGCGAAACAUGGAAGUGCAGCACACCGGUGCGGUAUCUAUGUCUCCUGUGCGCGUCACAACCGACUUCACCAAGCCCGGCACUGAGGAGGUCAAAGUCGACGUGAUCAUCGACCUCGCCAAUUAUGAAGAUACCCCAAUCCAUGGAGUCGUCCAGGGCAAAAUCCAAUCGGACGAUGGAUCGCAAACUGUCCCUCUGUCCCAUGAUUUCAAGCUGGACAGCAAGGGGAAAACCACCAUCAAAAUUACAGUGCCCCUGAAUAAGCCGCGCAUCUGGUGGCCCGCCGCGUGGGGUAGCCAGCCUCUGUACACCAUUAAUCUGGACGUCUCCUUAGCGGAUGGCGGGAUUUCGGACAAACUAGAGCCUACCAAGUUCGGCAUUCGUCACGUCGCAUCUGAUCUAAACGCACAUGACGACACAUCGUUCACCGUGAAUGGACACAAGUUCCAUGUCAGGGGAGCAGGAUAUACGCCUGACAUGUUUCUGCGGUUCGAUCUUGAGCGUGUGCGAACGAUCUUCCAAUACAUGCUGGACAUGGGACUCAAUACGGUGCGCCUGGAAGGCAAACAGGAGCACCCCGAGCUGUACGACCUGGCUGACAGCAUGGGGCUCAUGGUGAUGGCUGGGUGGGAGUGUUGCACCAAAUGGGAGGGAUGGAAGCACAACGAUGAAGGAUCGGGCGACCUGUGGACCGACAACGACUACGCGAUCGCACAGGCCGCUAUGGAGCACGAGGCCGAGAUGAUGCAGGCCCAUGCCUCGAUGUUAUGUUUCCUCAUCGCAUCAGACUUCUGGCCCGAUGAUCGCGCGACCGCCAUGUUUAUGGACGUCCUGGAUGGCAUGAACUGGCCGAACCCGGUCAUCGCAUCGGCCAGCAAGCGGGGCUUCCCCAAACAACUAGGUCCCUCGGGUAUGAAAAUGGAGGGGCCCUACGACUGGGUACCUCCGAAUUACUGGUACGAGAACCAGCUUGGCGCGGCGUUUGGGUUUGGUUCCGAGCUGGGCUCAGGUGUCGGGACACCCGAGCUCGGCAGCCUGAAGGGAUUCCUGUCGGAGGCCGACCUGGAGGACCUAUGGAAGGAGCCCCACAAAGACCUGUACCACAUGUCGAAGGAGAGAUCGAAGUUCGCCAACCGGGCGAUCUACAACGACGCGCUGUACGCGCGGUACGGGGCCCCAACGGGGCUGGAAGAUUACCUACUCAAGGCGCAAAUCAUGGACUACGAGGCGACGCGGUCGCAGUUCGAAGCCUAUGCCGCGCGGCAAAGCGCCGAGAAACCGGCCACGGGGCUCAUCUACUGGAUGUUGAACGGCGCGUGGCCGAGCUUGCACUGGCAACUCUUCGACUACUACCUGCGGCCGGCGGGGUCGUAUUUCGGGGCGAAGAUGGGCGGUCGCACGGAACACGUAGCGUAUGACUACCGGGAACGAACGGUGCACAUCAUCAAUCACAGCGUGGACAAGCAAGGGUCGCGGACUGUGACGAUCGACCUCGUCGAUACGAAAGGGAAAACCAUCGUGUCGAAGAACGCCACCGCAGACACAGCGCCUCUUUCCUCGAAGCAAGUAAAGGAAAUCGCGGAAAUCGGAGAAUUGAAAGACGUGGGGUUCCUCCGAUUGGUCUUAAAAGACACCACCACGGACACAGACCUCAGCCGAAACGUAUACUGGGUGACUGCCGACAAUGACGUCCUCGACUGGGACAACUCCACCUACUACGUGACGCCCGUCACCAAGUACACCAACUUACAAGCGCUAAGCAAGCUGCCUCGCGUGGAGGUGGCCGCGAAAGCGACUCCCCUGUCAGGUGAGGAUAAGGGCAAGUCAACAAAGGUGCAGGUUACGCUGGAGAACCAGGCGGAUACGCCCGCGUUCUUCCUCCGGUUAACGGCUGUCGACACCGUGUCGCACGAGGAGAUCGCGCCUGUAUACUGGUCGGAUAACUACGUGACGCUGCUACCUCGGGAGCGUCACACUGUGACGGUGGAGUUCACGAGUGAUCAGUGGGAGGUGGAGCUGUUUGGCGCGAACGUCGAUAAGAAUGUUAUUGGGCAUAGUUGA